CAGAGAGCAAUGCUCAGUCUACUGACAGGAGAGCCAGCAGACCGACAAGAAGUCAGGACAUAUUCUCAUAGCAGAAACAGACGGUAACACCAGCAGUGGGUUUUCUGAAGCCCACUUUUGCUCUCCUGGGUGUGAGUGCUCCUGAAUGCACAUUCAAACUAUUCUACUGCUGCCACCAAAGAUCUGCAGAUGCACUCAAAUCCAAGCUUACUAUUCAACCCUGCCUCUGUCUCAAGACUCCCACAAAAGCUGUACCCGCGGGAAGAGGAUACACAUGUUUUAUUGACAGAGCGACAGGUGGUUUGAGUUUGAGCUGUUGGGUUUUUUCCUGUGUGGUAAGCUGAGGCGUCUUUAGAGCCAGUAUGUUGCCUAUUGUUGUGGCAUGUUUGGUAUUCUUCCUGUUGGGCUCGGGUCAGGCUCAGGUUGCCACACAGACUCAGGGGGAGAGCCAGAGUCGUGGCCAGGGGCAGGACAGCUCUGCCAACCCUUGGAGGCAGGUGAUUCAGUGGGAGAACAAUGGACGACUGUUUAGCCUGCUGAACAGUGGAGCUGAAUACGUACCUGCAGGGGCCCAGGAAAGAGGUCCCAGGGUGGUUGUGGCAGACACUCAGCCACGCUCUUCACGUAGACCUCAGGGAGGCAAUGUCCGCCGACAAGCUCCAUCAAGAGGGUCCUCUGAGACUGUCCGUGGCCAGGCAAGGCAUCCUUUUGGCUUUGGACAGGUUCCUGAUAACUGGAGACAAACUGCAGGCAGCACAGGGGGCGGCCAGUUCCAAGGAUCCACUGGCACUCGCCUCAGGCCAUCCACAGGCUCUUCAUCGUCAUCAUCAUCAACCUUUUCUUCAUCUUUUAUACCAUCCUACCCACAAAACCCAUUUCCUCAACAACCUCCUUUCCAACCAGUACCUUAUGAUCCUAGUUUUGUAGAAGGGCCAGUCAGGAGCUACGAGCCACCUUUUCAGCCUGUUGCCGGUGGAGGAUUUGGUGGGGGAGGAUUUGGUGGGGGAGGAUAUGGUGGGGGAGGAAAUGUCGGUGGAGCAUAUGGUACUGGACCGGGGUACACUCAAGGAGGGUAUGGUACUGGACCCGGGUACACUGGAGGAGGGUAUGGUACUGGACCCGGGUACACUGGAGGAGGGUAUGGUGGUGGUCAGCCCCAAGUGUUCCCAGGCUCUCCUUCUGAUGUUUCUGAAGAUGGCUACCGCUACUACCAGCCUUAUGGCUAUGGGCCAAAUCCUGUGGUGCCUGCACGUGCAGCCCAACCUGCCCGUGCAGCCCAACCUGCCCGUGCAGCCCAACCUGCCCGUGCAGCCCAACCUGCCCAACCAUCGUUUGCAGAUGGUCUGGACCACAGAUACUCCCACAGUAUCUUCAAUGCGGAGACUGGUCAGGCUGUACCUGCUGUUCCUGCUGUCCCUGCCCCUGAAUUCAACCAGGCAGUUCCUGUGAUAGUGGACAGGACAGGAGCAGCUGGUCAACCACAAAUCAGGAGCCCUCAGUAUGAGCAGUUUCCUCCAUUUGGAAGAUCCCAGCCUCCUGUGGCGCAGCCCAUUCCUCAAGCCAGAAGUUCUCCAAACUCCGGCAUCGAGAACCCCAAUGUAAAUGUCGGGAGUGUGUACCGGCCAGAACAGAGAGGUUUGCCUGACCUUGUUCCUGAUCCAAACUAUGUCCAGGCUUCCACAUAUAUCCAGAGAGCCCACAUGUAUUCUCUCCGCUGUGCUGCUGAAGAAAAAUGUCUUUCAAGCUCCGCCUAUGGGCCUGAGGUCACCGACUACGAUGUAAGGGUCCUGCUGCGAUUCCCACAGAGGGUGAAGAACAAGGGGACUGCCGACUUCAUGCCUAACAGGCCACGUCAUACCUGGGAGUGGCAUAGCUGUCAUCAGCACUACCACAGUAUGGACGAGUUCAGCCACUACGAUCUACUGGAGGUCAGUACAGGACGGAAAGUGGCGGAGGGACACAAGGCCAGUUUCUGUCUGGAGGACACCACCUGUGACUUUGGUCACCUGAAGCGCUAUGCCUGCACCACUCACACUCAGGGUCUGAGCCCGGGCUGCUACGAUACAUACAACGCUGAUAUCGACUGCCAGUGGAUCGAUAUCACGGACAUCCAGCCUGGAAACUACAUACUAAAGCUCACAGUUAAUCCCAAGUUUUUGGUGCUGGAAUCAGACUUCACCAACAAUGUGGUCAGGUGUAAUAUAAACUACACAGGACGGUUUGUUAGAACAUCCAACUGCAAGAUAGCACAGUCUUGAUCGGGCGCUGGAGGUCUGCCACUAUAGAGGGACCCUGACUUCCAUUGAAAUGUGAAUGGAAUCCAUGUGUUGUUGGUUCAUUGUUGAUGUUUGUCUUACUAGUUUGUGCUGUCUCGUUAUCCUGAGCCCAUGAAAAACCUGGUUCACCUGGCACUGAAAAGCAUGUGGUGGUUUAAGGUAGAAAUACGCACACACACACAUACAUACACACAUUAUUGGAUAAUGCAAAUAGCACGUUGAUAUCAGACCAUAACAGUUUAAAUCCCUGCAAUCUAAGAUUUUGUAUUUCCUCUACCAACUUCUUGUUCACACUCUUCCAGUAUGGUUUGGUUAUAAUCGGACACAUCAUUGACUUUGAGGUGUGUACUGUUUCUACGCACAAACAUCGAUGCCCAUGAUGGCAGAGUGUCUCUGUUUGAAUUAUAAAUAAAGCAUCAAACAGUGCCAGUGAUGAAAUGAGUGGUUCCAGACGAGUCAGGGUUCAGCCGCGAUCCGACAAAUACAAUUACGGGACAAUGUAUUCCUGGGUGCAUUCACCCAUGCUCUGUGGGGACAGAAAGAGAUGCCCACUGACUCAGAAGAACUAUAAUGUGUUCGUUUUUUUUCUUUUUCUCUUCACUGCCUCAGUGGGUCAGGCUGGGAUACUGUGAUUCCCUGGGCACAUUCUGUUUAAUGUUGUGUUAACAGCAAGAGGAAGACAGCAGGUCAUAUUUGCAUUUGUCAACUGCAUCAAAUUAUAAGUCAACAUAAAAACAGGCUGUCAGCACAGGCCACUGUUCUCCUCUAAACCCGUGCAUACUUGUGUCGUGUCCCCAUUCGUUCUUUCUUAUUUCAGUAAAACAGGAACAGGAAACUCAACUGGCAAACAGGGUGCUUUCCAGAAACUAGACUUGCAGUAUGUACAGUACGCUUUUAUAUUCACACUGUCUUGGGGUCUCUUCUUCUACUACCAACACUGGUCGGAUGGCACAUCGGUCAUCUUUACCUUUUGAAGAAUGUGUAUACAAAUAUUCCACUGAUGCAUGAAUGAUGGGGAUUCUUUUGUUGUUGUAUCCAGUUUGACCUGUUACUGUUAUUUGUAAAAGUAAAUAAACUUAUAUAUUUUUUCUUGAUAAUAUGAAAUAUUCAAAAAGCACUACAGCUACAUACUCAGUGUUUUAAUGCAGAGAAAGCCGUCCCUACCUACCUCUCCAAUCGAGUGAGCUCUUUCUUGUUAAGUGUUGAAAUGGCUCCUUCCUGUGUUGCAGCACACAAUCUGGUGAAUAUAUCAAAGAACACACAAUGCAGGAUGCAGACAAUGACUAAGAGUAAUCUUCUAAGAAUUCAAGUUAGAAUCCUUAAGAUUUCAGUCCUGGUUUGUUGUGCGGCUUUAAUACUAAAUCAAACACACAUGCAGCAGCUACUUUGUCGGCAGCAGUGCAGCAGAAGGGGCAACAAGCAUAUCUGUUUACAGUCGAAACCAAACAAACUCAAGUUUUAAUAAAGUCAGUCAAUAAUUGACCUUUCUCCAUGAUGCCAGGAUCAACGUGAUGUGAUUUCAUAUUUCACAAGGGGCUAGAAGUUCUCCUCCAGCAGCAGCGCACAGUAUCAGGAGUUCAAUCCUGAGUGAGAACAUAUAGUCACUUUUCAUCAACAGCUCACUCUGACUGGGCCUUUUUGUUCUAUUAUCUCUUACAGUAUAGUUUAAAUUGAUCCUUAUCCCAAACUUGCCACCUGCUUUGGAACAUUUUGGAUACAUGUUCAUAGUUUUGGCUUCAGUAAUAUUGCCCUUCCUGGGGCUGGAUUACAACAAAAGCCACUCCACGUUUCACCCCUUGUGCACUUCUCUUGUAAACCAGCAGCAGUAGGAAUAUUUGGUUUGUGUUAAUACAGGAAUCAUAUCAUUUAAAGAGACUAAACGGAUAAAACGUCAAACCAUAUUGCUGGAUUAUGCAUUGUUUCCUCUUGAGCGUGAAGGCAAUUUGAAUCCAUCACAAGACUGGCGGACCCCGCCACUAACAACAAAAACGACUUUACUGCACAGAGAGGUAAUAACUGUAUUUAAAUACAUUGAAUGGCUAUUGCAGGAAAGAUGCUCACCAUAAAUAGUUUUAAAAAAGCGUUGUUAUUUGAUCUGCAUUUAUCGACAUGGCAGGGUUAACGAUCAUACUGUGCUCUCACUGACGGGAUGCAACAACAUGUGACUGACAUUGACAUGUGGAACAACAGCACCAGAGUAGGCGACACAUAUACAGCGUCUUUGACAUGUUGUGAUGAUAUUUGUGAUUCUGUAAUGAACACCUGUCAAAGUUGUCAUAUACAAUAAAUACAUGUACACAUCC